CACAGAUUUUGUCUACGGCCUUUUUUCUCGCGUUUCUGCCGUCUCUUCGGAUGAUAGUGAGACUGGCUCCGAUCAGAUUUCUUCUCGCUCCUCUUUCACGCUGCCUUCAGUUUCGACCAUAACUUCUCCCUCAUUCUCUGUCUCACCAGCUCAGGCAUCUGACUCUCUUGAACAGUUUACGCCCUCUUCGGAUUCCCAGGAGGUCAAAGGGCGUUUAAUCUGCACAAACAACGAACAAAGUGGUGCCUUGAAAGACUCAACUCUUUAUUCACCUUUUAUAGACUUUGCCUUUGCUUUAACUUCAAGCCCUUCAGAUGCGCCAUCUCCGCACUCCCUCUCUGCAGAGCCUCAGCAGCACGCCUCCUUCGGAAAGCCGAAUAAUCUCAUAGAAAGAAAGCCUAAGAAUACUGGCAGAAAACUGGUCUUUGGAACUCCUGGCCGCUUUUUGACUGAUCAGCCAGAGCUUGAGCAUCGGUUGGACUUUCAGCUGCGUGAAAGUCGUUAUGAAAACUUCUAUGUUUCCCUGCUCACUUCGCACACCUCAUAUUGGUCAAAUACAGAUGUAGCGAUGUUCAUUAUGACUAAUGUAUUCAGCCAAUAUGGACCUGUCGGAGUUCCUGCUACUAAUAAACCAUAG